ACUUUACAAAGGUGUCUUGGACUUGGUGCUGAGGCUGGGGUUUUGGGAAUCCUUUUCAAUACACUUUACUGCCAGGAUGCCAGGAUGCCAGGAUGGUUUCUUUCACAUGGGCCUUUAGGCAUUGGAAAAGAAGACAACUUCAUGGUCCGGGAGGUGGCGCAGUGGAUAAAGCAUUGGAUUGUCAACCAUGAGGUCCUGAGUUCGGUCCUCGGUGCACAUGUACCAGAGUGAUGUCUGGUUCUUUCUCUCCUCCUAUCUUUCUCAUGAAUAAAUAAAUAAAUUAUAAAAAAUAAAAACAAGGGCAAAAAAAGGAAAUAAAUAAAUAAAUAAGGUAUAAUUAAAAAAAAAAAAAAAGACAACUUCGCUGGUCAACUAACAAGAAGAGAGGCGAUUCUGAUAGCGCUGCUCCCCAGCCCACCUGCACCCGCCUCUGGGCAGCAGCCCCUCCCCCGAGGCGUGGCCCUUGGGAGUAGAGGGAGUUGGGGGCCAACCGGCUCCUUCCUGCUUUUCCUCCCACCCUGGCUCCCGCCAGCGGGGCUCCCUCCGGGACAGCAGCUUCUGAAAGCGCUUCAUUGUGUGCGCUUCGCUCUGGCCAGGCUGCCGGGAGCUGGCGCGGGCGGGCGGCUGCAGGUUCCCGCGCCUUGGGACCCCAGAUGCUUCCAAUAUCUUGACAUCCGCUGACCUGCGCGCAUUCCCCUUAGAUCCCUCUUCCCAGUGUCAUUGAGUGUCCUUUUAAAUAGCUGUGGGAUCCUAAGGAACAGAUCGAGCCGGGUGGACUCUGCCAGUGAAGAAACACAGCCAGCUGUGGAGUGGAACUUGGAAGAGACUGCGACCAGUGGCCUCCAGGUCAGGGACGCCCAGCUCUGGGGCGUCCAUCCAGCACCAUGUGGCUGCCCCGCGUGUCCAGCACCGCAGUGACCGCGCUCCUGCUGGCGCAGACUUGCCUCCUGCUGUUCCUGGUAUCGCGGCCCCGGGUCCCUGCGCCGAUGGGCGGUGAGGAGCGUGUGCACGUGCUGGUGCUGUCGUCGUGGCGCUCGGGCUCGUCCUUCGUGGGCCAGCUGUUCAGCCAGCACCCUGACGUCUUCUACUUGAUGGAGCCCGCAUGGCACGUGUGGGCCGCCCUGUCGCAGGGCAGCGCGCCCGCGCUGCACAUGGCUGUGCGCGACCUGGUGCGCUCUGUCUUCCUGUGCGACAUGGAUGUGUUCGACGCCUACCUGCCGUGGCGGCGCAACCUGUCGGACCUGUUCCAGUGGGCGGUGAGCCGGGCGCUGUGCUCGCCACCUGCCUGCAGCGCCUUCCCGCGGGGCGAGCUGAGUAGCGAGGCGGUGUGCAAGCCGCUGUGCGCGCGCAGGCCCUUCGCGCUGGUGCAGGAGACGUGUCGCUCCUACAGCCACGUGGUGCUCAAGGAGGUGCGCUUCUUCAACCUGCAGGUGCUCUACCCACUGCUCAGCGAUCCAGCGCUCAACCUGCGCAUCGUGCACCUGGUGCGCGACCCCCGGGCUGUGCUUCGCUCGCGUGAGCAGACGGCCAAGGCGCUGGCCCGGGACAAUGGCAUCGUGCUGGGCACCAACGGCACCUGGGUGGAGGCUGAUCCCGGGCUGCGCGUGGUGCGCGAGGUGUGCCGCAGCCAUGUGCGCAUCGCCGAGGCUGCCACGCGCAAGCCGCCGCCCUUCCUGCGCGGCCGCUACCGCCUGGUGCGCUUCGAGGACCUGGCGCGCGCGCCGCUGCCCGAGAUCCGCGCGCUCUAUGCUUUCGCGGGUUUGCGCCUCACGCAGCCGCUCGAGGCCUGGAUCCACAACGCCACACACGGUCCUGGGCCCGGCGCGCGCCGCGAGGCCUUCAAGACCACGUCCAGGGAUGCGCUCGGUGUCUCUCAGGCCUGGCGCCAUGCGCUGCCCUUCGCCAAGAUUCGCCGUGUGCAGGAGCUGUGCGCAGGUGCGCUGCAGCUGCUGGGCUACCGGCCUGUGGGCUCCGAGGAUGAACAGCGCGACCUCGCUCUGGAUCUGGUGCUGCCGCGCGGCCCGAGCAGCUUCAGCUGGGCCUCGGCCACCACCGCGCACCCCGCGCCCUAGGCGGGGAGCAGAGAUUGGGGCUCCUCCAUAGCAGGAAAGGACUGAGCCCUCAAGCCCCUCCUUUCUUUACUCCCCCUACCCCCCACACACACACAUUAUCUCUCUCCUUCCUUUUUUUCUUUUUCCUCCCAUUCUAUUUUUACUUGAUGGGACAGAGAAAUUUAGAGUGGAGGGAAGGUAGAGGAGAAAGACAGACACCUGCAGCCCUCUUUCACCACUGCAAAGCUACCCCCCCCCCCGAAGGUGGGGAGCGGGGUUUGAACCUGGGCCUUCGCACAUGGUAAUAUGUG